AUGUCUACCUUCAUGUGGCUCGCGACCGCCGUCGCCAUCUCCUGCGUCUGGGUCGGUCUCCAGCAGAAGAAGAACCGCCUCUCCCUUCCCCCAGGCCCCAAGCCGCUCCCCAUCAUCGGCAACCUGCGUGACAUGGCCCUCACCGGUCUCUGGUUCGAGGCCACCAAGUGGGCGAAGCAGUACGGCGAGCUCGUCUACCUCAACAUUUUCGGGCAGGGCAUCCUGUUCAUCAACACCCACGAUGCCGCCGUCGACCUGCUCGAGAAGCGCGGCGCGAUCUACUCGGACAAGCCGAAGAUGGUCAUGGCCGGCGAGCUUUGCGGCUGCGAGAACAUGAUCGGCCUCACACCGUAUGGCGACCGCCUCCGCCGCCAGCGCAAGCUCAUGCUCCAGGCGCUCGGCGCGAACCGCAUCGACGCCUACCACCCUCUGCUUGAGAUCCAGACGCAUUCCCUCCUCCAGGGCAUCCUCAACGCACCCGAGGAUUCGCUUAACAUGGUCCGCCGGUACACGGGAGGCCUGACGCUCCUGAUCGUUUACGGCUACCGGGUCAUCUCGGCCGCGGACCGCCUGCUCGACAUGGCGGACGAGGCGCUCGACAUCCUCUCGAACAGGAUCGCGGCUGCAGGCAUAGUGUGGAUUGUCGACUUGAUCCCUGCGCUGAAGCACCUCCCGACGUGGUUCCCUGGCACGCAGUUCAAGCGCGACGCUGCUGUGUGGAAGGACAAGAUGGAGGCGUUCGUCAACCAGCCCUUCGACUUCACCCUCGAGGAGAUGCGCAAAGGCACCGCCGUCCCCUGCUACGUGACUAUGCUCCUUGAGGACUCAAAGUUGGAGAACAAGGACCAGAUCGUCGGCUCCCAGCGCGAGUUCGACAUCCGGUGGACCGCCAACUCCCUCUAUGCUGCGAGCUUCGAUACCACGCGCGCCACGAUCUCACACUUUUUCCUCGCGAUGGCGCAGCACCCCGAGAUCAUGCACCGCGCGCAGAAGGAGAUCGACGCGGUCAUCGGUAGCGGCCGUCUGCCCACGUUCGGGGACCGCCCACACCUGCCAUACGUCGACGCGGUCGUGAAGGAGUGCCUCCGCAUCGCCUCGCCGGUCCCACUCGGCCUGCCCCGUCGGAUCACAGAGGACAACGUGUACAAGGAUAUGUUCAUCCCCAAGGGCACGCUCGUCUUCGGCAACAACUACAACAUGGUGCGCGACCCGGCUGUGUUCCCCAACCCCGACGCGUUCGACCCAGAGCGCUUCCUCGAGGAGGUCGACGAGGAGAUGGCGCACAAGCGCGACAUCCGCAACUACGUCUUCGGUUUCGGUCGCCGGCGGUGUCCCGGGUCGUUCAUGAUCGACGCGUCACUCUGGAUCGCCAUUGCGUCGAUGCUCUCCGGCUUUGAUAUCACCAAGGCGGUCGACGAGUUCGGCAACGUCAUCGAGCCCGAGGUCGUAUACGACAACUCGGUCUUCACGACGCUGAAGCCGUUCAAGUACGACAUCCGCCCCCGCUCCGCGCAGGCCGUCAAGGUCAUCCGCGAAGCCAAGGGCCUCGAGGACUAA